AUGACGGACGCGAUAGCUCCCAUAACGUGGCAGGGCAAGGCGACGACUGUUUCAACCACCCUGAGCACCGCGGCAGGGCAGGGUGGGACCCACCUGUCAUCCCCGAGCUCCGUCCGAAUCGGACGGGAGCAACAACCGCCGCCUCCGCUCAGGAUUCCGCGCCCCGCAAACAAGCCAAAGUUCACAGCGCCCUAUAAGAAGCGCCGCAACUCGCCCGCACGCACCCCUAGACGCCCCAGCCGCGAAACCCUAGCCCUAAGCGCCCUGAUCGCCAAGCUCGCGCCGCUGCCGUUGAAAUCCGCGCCGCCGCCGUCGAGCUUCUCUUUGCCGUCGACGUUUCACGAAAGUGAGGCCGUCAUCGUGUUCGCCUCGUCGUGCCGACCCCGCCGGUGCCCUUGGCUCGCCUCCCCGCACCCCGAACCGCCGCCGCGGCGAGCUCCGGGCGGCGCCAAUGGCGCCACCGCGGCCCGCCGGCCGCCCCUGCGCUCCGCACCGGUGCGCGGUCCACCGUGGACCGCGGCCCUGCGCCCCCGUGCGGCCGGUCCACUGGACCGGGUCCAGGAGGCCGCCACUGCCGCUCCGCAGGCGCGGUCCACCAUGGACCGCGGCCUCCCCCUGCCCCGCGCCCCGGUCUACAGCAUAGUGCUGUGGACCGGCCACUCACCGGCCGCCACGUGGCCAGCCAAGCUGAUGACUCGCCAUCUGACCUGCCGCAAGAGCGUUAUUCGUUUCCGCCCCGUUCAAGCCGUGGAGUUCUCGUUGACUGGUCGCGUGGAUAACAUCGUGUUCCAGCCUAACCAGCACCUUGAUGACGUGGAGAAUGAUGAAGACAAGCAAGAUCACUUUCUGGAAGGUUUGAAUGAUGGUCUGUCCUACAUGAUGUCGAAUGUCAAGUACGCCAGUUUCCAGGAGAUGGUGGACAGGGCAUUGGUGCUUGAGAGCUAG